GUUGUCAGGGUGCAAAUUUGUUGAAAUUUAAUCUAUUUUGUCUGGAUUUUCUGAGCAUAGCUCCAAAUUUGGUAAAGUUCUGAAUUGAUGAAGUUGACAGCAAGUGUAAAAUGCUGUCAUUAAAGUGAACAAUCGGCUUCAUUUGCCGUUUCUGUCGAUCCAUCGGUCCAGGCCUUCCUUUUAGUUCUAAUCUAUUUUGUUGGAUUAAUCUGAUUUAGGAUCUCUGAGCGUAAUUGCCAGCAUUCUACAGUACACACACCAAAGGAAAACAGUUACUAACCAUCACCAGUGACCAAAUAAACACGUCAAAUUCAGUUAGACACUAUAAUUUAUUCGUCAACUAACCUUUAGUGUAAUUUUCGAGGCACCGUAAACAAAACCAACAAAACUAUAUAGAACACUCGGAAUCGCGCCAGAUUGCGCCGUAUGAAAUUCUCAAUAUAUAGCCCCAUCGCUCUCUUUUGGCUGUUCUUUUGUGACGAUUGUGACAGACAAUUCUAGUAAACGAUCCGUGACGUAUCACUGCACUAUCAUACUACCGCAGGCGAACUAUGGCGAUGAUCAUUAUUACGUUGAUACUGGAUGAAUCAAAACAAAAGUAGAACAAUCCGCGAAAACUGAUUUUUGAUGAGCGCGUUUGCAGAAAUAAUAGCGUUACAACUGAAACUAAAGUCGCGGGAAGCGGGUAGGGUCGUCGGGUUCGGUACGCUAAUUUACUUCCGGAAAACGUUUGACGAUAAUGGAAGGGGAACUAAUGCACGUGACGCGUGCAUAUGGGAUUCAAUUAAAGGCAAAGCAAGUUGAUAGCUUAGUUAUUGUCGAGUAAUCCUGCGGAACUGUAGCAAUUUCUCAUAACUUGGUGGCGAAGAAAGUCAUUUGAAAAAGCUUAUCUGACCAGCAGUGUUAAGUGUAACUUUUUAAAUUAGAAUUACUGAUAAUAGUGAUAUUAGAGCGUGUUUUGAAUCAAUGGAAUCACAAACUGGUGCGUCUGGUCGUAUUUUGAUAAUUCUAAUCGAUAUUAAACAUCGUUAACGUACAUCACAAGUAGCAGGAUUUCGUACUAAAAUUCUAGCCAUGAAAAUAACGGAUUUGGGAGGACGCUGCCAUGGCCAUCCACGAACGUUGGUUACGCUUAUUUUGGGCACCAUACUCGGGUUUGUGUUUGCAACAUUGAUCACCUCCAGCACUAGUCGAACCCCAUGGCUUCCGGAGUACUACCAUUCUAGAGAAGCUCCCGCGAUAGUUAGUGAUCCACACACGGGUCAUGAAUUGAAGGGAGCUGAGGGUCCCGAAGAGGAAGUGGGUAAUCAUGGGGCACUCGAGGAAGUUCAUGCACAUGAGAACUCGACGCUGGCCAAUCAACUGUUCCGGGAGGUGCGAGUGCUCUGUUGGAUCAUGACAAAUCCUAGUAAUCAUAAGGCAAAAGCAUUACAUGUCAAGCGCACGUGGGGCUCACGUUGUAAUAAACUACUUUUCAUGAGUUCGACAACCGAUCCAAUUUUGAACAGUAUAGCCUUGCCAGUGAAAGAAGGCCGUAACAAUUUGUGGGCCAAAACAAAAGAAGCUUUUAAAUACAUCUACCAGCAUCAUCUGGAUGAUGCCGACUGGUUUAUUAAGGCUGAUGACGACACAUACGUCGUGCUUGAAAAUCUUAGAUAUAUGCUGUAUCCAUACUCAUCUAGCUUUCCAAUGUACUUUGGGUGUAAAUUCAAGCCAUUUGUGAAGCAGGGCUAUAUGUCCGGUGGUGCUGGUUACGUGCUCAGCAAAGCGGCAGUAAAGCGCUUCGUUGAAGAGGCCAUUCCUAAUAAAAACUGUCGACAGGACAACGAUGGCGCCGAAGAUGUUGAAAUGGGCAAAUGCAUGGAAUUGGUAAAGGUGCUGGCAGGUGACUCAAGAGACUCUCUAGGACGGGGACGAUUUUUCCCGUUUGUACCCGAACAUCACCUAAUUCCAAAUCAUGUAGACAAAGAUUUCUGGUACUGGAAAUACAUCUACUAUAAAACGGAUGAAGGACUCGAUUGCUGCUCGGAUAAUGCCAUCUCCUUCCACUACGUUUCGCCCAAUCAGAUGUACGUUUUGGAUUAUCUGAUCUACCAUCUUCGGCCAUAUGGCAUUGUAGGACAUUCACAACCCCUUCCGAAUAAGGUUUCCUUAGCGGAAAUUGUCCAUUCGGACGAUCUCAGCAAAACUACCGAACGACCCUCUAAGGAAAAAGCACAUAGCCAGAGUGAAGAGAAACAGGAGUCUAAUUUGCUGGAAAAGUAGUUGUACCCCGAAACCAAGCUAAGUUCUACACUAGCUAGGCAAAGUAUGUGAUUAAUUUUUGUGCUGUCGAGUGUUUGGGUUUGUGCGAAUUCCGCAAUUUUAUUAUAGUCCGUACAAAGUAAUAAUUUGUAGGCAUUUAUGAAAUUAAACUUCAUUCGCCAUAUUAAAUAGUUGCUGUAAAGCAGAAAUACCAAAGUUUUUAAAGUAAGUAAAUAUCCUACAUAGUACCACUCAUUCCUUGUAGAACUAUGUUUAACGAAUCUCGGAAUAAAGUGACGUCAUAAUGAGUUGAAA